AGGCCGAGUUGUGGCCACCCAAAACCACCGCUGCAGCCACAAGACCUCCGGCGACGCCAUCAGCCUCAGCCGCCGCCAAGCAGUACCGCCACGACGAUACUUCCUGUCGCGACUCUGUGCAGCCACCGCCCUCAACAAGGCCGCCGCACAGCGGCAGGGCCAGCGACCAUCGCAGGCCUUCGCCCGCCGCUGCCCACAGCAGUGCCGCCGACCGCAGCAACUGCCCACGGAAGGGCCGACUCCGCCCAUCGCUGUACCGCUGACUACAGCAAGCUGCCGUCCACGCUAGCGCCGCCGACACAGACGGGCAGUUCCCACUCAGCCCUUUCCUCGACCUCUAUCCUUUCGACGGCCGCAGCCUCGAUCACCUACGAUGGAGGAGAUCGGCCAGUACGAGACGUAGUUAAUUCCCCGGUUCUCCGCCGACACAGAAAACUAGGAAAACCCUAAUACGCAACUUCUCGAGGGAAGGAGCCAUUUCCCUCUUGUUGAUCUGGUUUAUGGAGUCCUCGCAGAGCAACAUCCGAGAUGGAUCGGCCGGCGGAAGCGGCGGCGAGGGCGGUGACGGUGGAGGUGGAGGAGGAGGAGGAGACGUGGCAUGGCUUUCUUCCAUCUCCGAAGCCGAACUUGAUUUUCUUAUUAGCCUGAAAGAAUUGAUUGUCAGACGGGCAAAAACCAUUGGCCAUAAGUAUCUUGCCGACAAAUUUGAUGUGAAAAUGCUUAGAGCUCUGGGUAUUGUGUUGUUGGAAUAUUUUAAAGAACAUGCAGAAAGUGCCUGUCCUCCCAAAUUGGCUGAGACGUUGGCAUUGUUCAAUGGAUGUGGUUCUGGCACUCAGCCUAGUCAUGCCUCAAUGGUUGUUAGUGAAUCGAUGCAAGCUUCAAGUUUUAUGACCCCAAGGCGUAAGCGCAUGUGGGAAGGCUUAUGUGAAGAGAAACCUUCUAGUUGCAAGAAACUGAAAAUGCCAAAGAAGUGACCUUUUGUACCAGAUCAUGUAGAAGUUACUCGGUGCAAGCAUCCAUUGAUCUUUCAUGAAGGUCAUUGGACGAUGUUGGUUGAUGGUUUGAUCUCGUUAUUGAACUAUGUGAUGAUUGGAGGCACAAGCAUUUUGUCCAAAAUCUCACUGCUGGUUGGGAUAUCCUAUGGAAGAAAAGGAAUCAUAAAACAUUUGAUUCUAAAAUCAUUGCAGCUGUGGCAUUACCAUGUUAGAACAUUGUUUUCAUGUUCAAAUGGGUUUCUUAUUAGGUUAGAAUUGAUUUGAGCUUAAGCUUGAGACAAUUUGUAUUUCUUUCUAACAAAUGGGUUUGUCUCUUCAUAUUUUUCUUCAAAAAAGAAAUAUUAAUGUGAAGCUUAUUUUCAUACA